AUGGCGACGGCAGCCUCACAACAACAGUCACCGACCAUGGUGCGCAGCCAUUCUUCCUCCCGAAAUCCUCCCUCUUCAUACACAUCCGCCUCACCUGCACAACCCUCCAGAACGCGUUCCGUAAACCAACGGCCUUCGACCCAUCAGAACCACAGCCGGUCUGGCUCUCGCUCCUCCGAUCCUCCUCAGUCUAAUCCUGCCGCCCUUGCGAGCGUCGCUCGUAGAGACUUUGAACAGAGCAACAUGGCCAAGCCACCGUCCGUACGACGGAGCUCUCGAGAUGGGAGAGAUGAGCACAAUGCACAAUCGUCCCACCAACCGAGGUCGUCUUCUCAUCCCAGAUCGAGGCGUGGGAGUCAAGACCUUACCGCACCAACCACUUUGGUAGCCGAAGGGACUUCAGCUCACGCCACGACGGGUACACCACAGAAUGACAGACACUCAUCACAGACAUACCCCACCGUGGGUCGGCGGCGUACCUCGAUCACUGCACAAACCGGUACUUGGUCCCUUGGUAAGACCAUUGGGCAGGGCAGUAUGGGCAAGGUCAAGCUUGCUAGGAACGCCGAAACUGGAGAACAAGCAGCCAUCAAGAUUGUGCCUAGGCAAACGCUUGAUGAUCACGGCAAUGCGAAAGACGAACGUGCCGACCGUUCUAAAGAGGUUCGAAAUGCACGGGAGGCAGCCAUGGUCUCCCUGCUUUGUCAUCCCUACAUCUGUGGCAUGAUUGACGUCCAGAGGACCAACUACCAUUGGUACAUGCUUUUCGAAUAUGUCAAUGGUGGACAGAUGCUGGAUUACAUUAUUGCUCAUGGGAGACUCAAGGAGAAGCAGGCACGGAAGUUUGCUCGCCAGAUCGCCAGUGCCCUGGAUUACUGCCACAGAAACAGCAUCGUCCACCGGGACUUGAAGAUCGAGAACAUCCUCAUCAGUAAGAGUGGUGACAUCAAGAUCAUUGAUUUUGGUCUGAGCAACCUCUAUUCGCCGCGCUCCCUACUCAAGACCUUUUGCGGAAGUCUGUAUUUUGCAGCUCCUGAGCUGCUGCAAGCCCGUCAAUACACCGGACCAGAGGUUGAUAUAUGGAGCUUUGGAAUCGUGCUCUAUGUGCUUGUUUGCGGCAAAGUUCCCUUUGAUGACCAAAGCAUGCCUCAGCUACAUGCGAAGAUCAAACGAGGUGUGGUCGACUAUCCACAGUGGUUGACGGCUGAAUGCAAAAGUAUAAUAUCACGGAUGCUUGUCGUCGACCCUAAGGAACGUGCCAGCCUACAAGAGAUCAUGAAUCAUCCUUGGAUGACUAAAGGGUUUAACGGACCCCCAGACAACUAUUCGCCUCAACGAGAGCCCCUGGCAUUGCCUUUGGAUUCUGAGGUCAUUGAAAAGAUGCAGGGAUUCGAUUUUGGUUCUGCUGCAUAUAUUACCGAGCAACUGACUAGAAUCAUUGAGUCAGACGACUAUCAGAGUGCUGUCCGCAAGACCUCCAAGGACGAUCACAGUCAUGCUUCAGGCAGCGGAGAUAGGAAACGUGGAGUUUUUGACUUCUACAAGCGGAGAAACUCGAUCAGUCGGGAGGGCUUGUCGACUCCGUCUUCCGAGGCAAUUCGCGGGCAGGAUCCGCUCAAUGCCUACAGUCCUCUGGUCUCAAUCUACUACUUGGCACGAGAGAAGCGUGAUCGAGAAAGAAGAGAUCAGAAUCCUGGCGCCCUGGCAAUGCCCACGACGCCAAACGAAACCCCACUCAAAUUGCCAGGUUUACCGACACCGGAAGCUGCGCACACCAAUACCUUUGCACCCGAAAUGCCUGGUGAAAAGGCCACUGGCGGCCGGUCCAGGCCUCGAGCUCGAACACAUGGCGAAGAUGAUGUUCUGCCUGACACAAAGCCACCUGUUACCUCCGAGAAGAAGCCUCUCCCCAGUCCAGCAUUACCUGCGCCGAGUCCACACCUUGAUCAACCUGCAAAGAGGGAGGGCACUGCUAUGGGACUGCUCAGAAGAUUCAGUACUAGACGGUAUCGCGAGCGUGAUUUGGACCGUCCCGAUCCGCCACCUGCUCUCAACAUCCAGCCUCCUCAGGAUCUGGCUGCUCCUCCACGCAAGUCCUUUUCUGUUCGCCGAUCACGCAGAAGAGACCCUAGUCCGACGACCCACCACGCUGGAGGUAGUCAACCACAGCAGGAAGGUCUCCUCAGCGCCAACAACGGCGGAUCCAGGGCCGGAAAAUUCUUGGGCAGGUCAACCAGCGUCAACUCAGCUGAUUACAGACCACGCCGGCUGCUGCACCGAGGCCAGUCGACUAAGAAUGAGUCGCCCUUCCUGGCACCCGAUCCACCUCCUACCAGCGGUUCAGACAAGUCCAGUGUAAGCGCGGGCAAGACUGGCAAAGGUGUAGAGCUCACAGACCGAACGGCUCCAAACGCGAGUCCCUUAGUUACACCACGUACUCCUACUACCAACCGUACAAAGUCGCUCGGCCAUGCACGACAGGAAAGCAUCCAAGCGAGGCGCAAGCGCUAUGAAGAGAGGCGUGACCGGGAGGCCCUGGUCCCAGAGGAGACCUACGCUGACAUCCAUAAUGGAACGGAUCCUCUGGAGACUCCUGCUCUUCCUGAUACUCCCGGCACAGAAAUCUCCAAGCCUGCCAGCCUCAAAGGCUUAUUUUCGACUUCGACGACUAGUAGUAAGCCUCCCGAGUUCAUCAGGCAUGAUAUAAUCCGGGUCCUCAACCAACUCGGUGUCCAGUACACCGUUAUCAAGGGUGGGUUCUCAUGCAGACAUGCACCCAGCAUCAAUCUGGAGGGGGUCAGAGAAUCUGGUCCAGGUCUUGAUGACGAGAAGAGUGGUCGCAUAACUUCUGGCCAUCAACGUCGCAUCUCCUUUGGAGGCGCCUUUCGCGGGAAAGAGAAAGAAGAUGUCAAGGAGGAUCGUUCGAACCGAUAUCAGACACGGAGGAGGCAGCCGGAUCAGAGUUUCGUGACCAAUUCUGAGGGCUCGGAAGAAUAUUUGCCCCAAAGCAGGCACAACGGCGAGCAGUCCUACGACAUGGCGGCAACCCGGACACGUGUACAGGAUGAUUCUGGCGAGCGGCUGGUGCUCAGAUUCGAGAUUGCUAUUGUGAAGAUCCCUCUUCUUUCACUGCAUGGCAUCCAGUUCAAGAAGGUGCAAGGUGGCAUGAAUCAAUACCGGUCGAUGACUUCAGCAAUCCUCAACAACCUGAGGCUUUAG